AUGGAGCCAGUCCACCAUGUCACCACCUCAUCGAAGGUCCUCUUCAGCAAGGUCCGCAGGAUUGUCCCACCAAUGCUGGAGAAAUUCCACAAAGGUCUGUACCACCAGGUUCUAGCCGUAAUCUUGAUCAAUCAUGCUAAUGAUCAAUUAGGACAACUGGGCCGUGUAGCAGUCAUUGGCGGCUGUGCCGACCAUGUUCUCUGUGAACGCUCCGCAGCUCCGGUCAUCAAGAGCUAUUCGCCAAACUUAAUGGUACACCCAAUACUGCCAAGCACAGAAACAGUCAAAGAUCCCAAGUCAAUCGACGCACCAACCCUUGCAGGCCCGAUUAUCAGCAUGCUCUCCCGCCUACACGCCCUCGUGAUCGGCCCCGGACUCGGUCGCGACGGCGUCACGCUAAAGAUAGUCGCCGAGGUAAUCAAAGAAGCACGCUCACGAUCCAUCCCCUUUGUGCUCGACGCAGACGGGCUACUAAUUGUAACCGAGGACCCCAGCCUCGUCAAGGGAUACAAGGAAUGCAUCCUGACGCCGAAUGUGGUCGAGUUCGGACGCCUUGCAAAAGCACUAGGGAUCAAGGUACCCAGCCAGGCUGAUAUCGCAAAUGAAGGAGGCGAUAAAACAAGCAAAGAGUCCGAUGCUUGCGAGCAGUUAUCCAAUGCGCUGGGCGGAGUGACGAUUCUGCAAAAGGGUCCUCAUGAUGUGAUUUCUAACGGAGUUACCAGUCUCAUCAAUGAUACUAAGGGUGGACUGAAGCGCAGUGGUGGUCAGGGAGAUACACUUACUGGAUCUUUGGGUACGAUGCUUGCCUGGCGGGCGGCGUAUCAUGACCGGCUGUGGGAUUCGGGAGAGAAUGAGAAUGACAAGGAGGCGCGGAGUAGGGAGGAGGUUCAGGCUGAGUUGGAGUCUGAUAGACGGAUGUCGCCUGGUACGACUUUGCUUCUGGCUGCGUGGGCUGGGAGCAGUAUUACCAGGGAAUCAUCGAGGCGGGCUUUCGAGGCUAAAGGCCGGAGCAUGCAGGCUAGUGAUCUUACCGAUGAGGUACAUGGGAGUUUCUUGCGGUUGAUCGGUGAGCCCGAGGAUUCUCAGGCUCAUCUAUAG